CCUCCGCGACAGUUUCCGGAGGAGCCUAGUGCCUGAGCUGCACAGAGAAUUAGAGAGAAGGCAAGAUGGCGGACGUGUUGGAUCUUCAUGAGGCCGGGGGCGAGGAUUUCGCGAUGGAUGAGGAUGGGGACGAGAGCAUCCACAAACUGAAAGAAAAAGCGAAGAAACGAAAGGGCCGUGGCUUUGGCUCCGAAGAGGGGUCUCGAGCGCGGAUGCGUGAAGAUUAUGACAGCGUGGAGCAGGAUGGUGAUGAACCCGGACCACAACGCUCUGUUGAAGGUUGGAUUCUCUUUGUCACUGGAGUCCAUGAGGAAGCCACAGAAGAAGAUAUCCAUGAUAAAUUUGCGGAGUAUGGGGAAAUAAAAAACAUCCACCUCAACCUGGACAGGCGUACGGGAUAUCUAAAGGGGUAUACUCUAGUUGAGUAUGAAACAUACAAGGAGGCCCAGGCUGCUAUGGAGGGGCUCAAUGGUCAGGAUUUGAUGGGACAGCCAAUCAGCGUGGACUGGUGUUUUGUUCGGGGUCCACCCAAGGGCAAGAGGAGAGGUGGCCGAAGACGCAGCAGGAGUCCAGACCGGAGGCGUCGUUGACCCAUCCUCUGUUGUGUUGUCCGGCGAUUCCAUUUGACCAUGUAGACUGGAAGAAAUGGGGCUGGUGCAGCACUGUUUAUAUUUAAUCUCUUGCCUUGCCUGCUUAGUAUUUUUUUGAGUUAUGAAUAAAUGGCCUGUUUUUGUUUUCUA